AUGUACGAAAAGUUAAACAAAGAUAGAACGACACGUGUGCACACGGGUGAUGUUUCCGAAGGCAGCCCAAGGUUUAUUUUCAAUGAGACGAAAAUCGCAAGUACACGUUGCUUGGAAAUCGAUCUGUUUUUCUUUAGCACUUGUGAUUUUCCCUUCUCCUUUCUUUCUCUUUCUCUAAUUCUCUUUAAAUGUCGAAUAUAUUAUACAUAUAUAUGAAAGAUUAUAUGUAUAUGAUUAAUAUGAUAAUCUCAUCGGCAAAAUGAGUAAACAGAAAGAUUCGGACAACGUUAUGGAACAAGCAGGUCCUGUAAAAAAACAUGCGAUGCAACGUAACCAAGAAAUGUACAAUCCUUGUUACAAGGAACACCUUUUAUCUUUAAAAUGCCUUGAUUCUAAUCAGGAAGAACGUCAGGCGUGCGAAGUAUACUUCGUCAAUUACAAAAAUUGUAAAGAAUUUUGGGCUACUGUGCAGUCCGAACGCAAAUCGAAAGGUAUCAGGCCAUAUAUGCCAUCUCUGGAAGAGCGCAAAAAGAUAAAGGCUGAUUUUCUAGACUCUAGAUAGCAAUAAAUGUAUGUACCAUUUUACUUUGUAAAAAUAUCUUUUAUUUCUUAUGUGUUUUCAAUACGUCUUGCAAUAUUACACUGUAAUAUAUUGUAUAUAGUCUCCAAUAAAGUUGUGUAAGCUCUUGUAAACAUAUUAAAAUCAUCAAAAAAAAAAAAA